UGCAAAGGACGUGGACUCAACCAGCACUUUCUCAGGAAGACACACAACCAAGUUUGUGUCCUCCAUCUGGAUCUGUGGCUCCUGAACAACAAACCUAACAAAGAUAGAGGUUGAUUAGGAGACUGAUCAUGGAACUGAGAGAAUGAUAGAGGGAAUGGCAGAGAAAAGAUAGAAGCAGUCAAAAACACACAUCAACAGGUGAUAAACAGGUGCAGCGAUGGCGGCGUGGCUGGGCAGGGUGUCUUUGGGUGACGCUUUGUACAACAUGUACUCUCGCCUGCUGCGAACCAAACCUGUGGGCUCCAUGGCUCACAGCUCCGACGACCUCACAGAGCUCGGGGAGGGGGCGGCAGUCGGGCUCGCCAAGGUUCUGACCACCAUGGACCUGGUGUCGCUCGGGGUUGGCAGCUGCGUUGGCACAGGGAUGUACGUAGUCGCUGGGCUGGUUGCCAAGGCGAUGGCUGGGCCAGGGGUCAUCCUGUCUUUUAUCAUUGCAGCGGUGGCAUCCAUACUGUCAGGUGUGUGCUAUGCAGAGUUUGGCGUCCGAGUCCCAAAGACAACUGGCUCGGCCUACACCUACAGCUAUGUGACAGUUGGGGAGUUUGUGGCGUUUUUUAUUGGCUGGAAUCUGAUCCUGGAGUAUCUGAUUGGCACGGCAGCGGGGGCGUCGGCUCUCAGCAGCAUGUUCGACUCUCUAGCCAAUCACAGCAUCAGCAAUUACAUGAUAACACACCUGGGCACGCUGAGAGGACUCGGUAAAGGUGAGGACACAUAUCCUGACCUGCUGGCCCUCUUCAUCGCCCUGCUGGUCACAGUGAUCAUUGCUCUCGGUGUGCGUAACUCUGUGGGCUUCAACAACGUCCUCAACGUAGUCAACCUCGUGGUCUGGGUCUUCAUGAUCAUCGCUGGACUCUUCUUCCUCUCCGCCAGCAACUGGGAGAACGGCAUGUUCCUGCCCUAUGGCUGGUCAGGGGUGAUGCAAGGUGCAGCAACUUGCUUCUACGCCUUCAUCGGCUUCGACAUCAUUGCGACGACAGGAGAGGAGGCAAAAAACCCAAACACCUCCAUCCCGUAUGCCAUCACCGCCUCACUGGUCACCUGCCUCACUGCAUAUGUGUCGGUGAGUGUGAUCCUGACCCUCAUGGUUCCCUACAACCUGAUCGAUGGCUCAGCUCCACUCAUGGAGAUGUUUGCGGUGCAUGGUUUCCUGUGGGGGAAAUACAUUGUGGCUGUUGGCUCCAUAGCCGGACUCACCGUCUCUCUGUUGGGCUCUUUGUUCCCCAUGCCUAGAGUCAUCUACGCCAUGUCCCGUGACGGCCUGCUGUUCAGGUUCUUGUCUCACGUGUCUGCACUCACACACACUCCCACGGUGGCAUGCUUGGUGUCAGGGAGCUUCGCGGCCGUCCUUGCUCUGCUGGUAAGCCUGCGGGACCUGAUCGAGAUGAUGUCCAUCGGCACCCUGCUGGCGUACACUCUGGUCAGCGUGUGUGUGCUCUUACUGCGCUACCAGCCUGACGAACAGACUGACACACACCAGUAUGAUUCCGGAGAGGAUGUAGUUGGCCUGAAGCUUCAGGAUGACGGAGCUGUCCCCACCAAAGAUGACCAGAUGCUGAUCGGAGACUCAGAUGGUGACAGAUCGGCGUCCUACCACGCAGGCGGGACUGAAGGAGAGGGGGACGACUCUGACUUCCACACAGGCCAUGCCUCUCUACUGAAAAGGCUUUUGGGAGGUCAUUACUACACCCUGCGACUGCGGCUCGGAAUGCCCGAAGCGUCGGCCCAGCCCACCCCUGCCACCGGCCGCAUAGUGACCAGAUGCACCCUCCUCUUCUUCCUCACGUCCUUCCUCCUCUGGUCCACCAUUAUAUUUGGGGUUGAGCAGGGAACUGGUGUCAGGGCAGUGUUUUCAGGCCUCAUGGCCACACUGAUGACUGGGUCCUUGGUGAAGCUUUUAAUUAUGAUUAUACAGCAGCCAGAGAGUGGGAGGAAGCUGCCCUACAUGGCGCCCUGUGUGCCAUUUGUCCCUGCAGCUGCCAUAUUGGUCAACAGCUACCUCAUGCUUAAACUGUCUCCACUCACCUGGGCCAGGUUCACCAUUUGGUGCCUCAUAGGUUUGUUGAUCUAUGGUUGUUAUGGAGUGUGGCACAGCACACUGGAGCUCAAUGCCCGAGAGCAGCAGGCACACGCCAGCUCCUACCAGCGCUACGAUGACCAUCUUGACGACGACACCUUCUCCCCUGAUGACAACUUUUACCCCCAGGAACAGGACGACAGACCUUACCAGGGCUGGUCUGCUCCAGAAGAGAGGGGAUACCACAACCAGCUGCAGCAGGAGAAUCAGUAUGAAGAUGGGGAGCAGUAUCAGAGCCAGUAUGAGGAUAAUGGUGACCAGUAUGGAUACCAGUCUGGACCAGGGGGCCAGUCUGCAAGCAGAGGCAGAGGAAGGACCAAUCAUGGCUUUGAUGCAGGUGAAGAGGAGGACUUCUGAAUUUAUGACAGGAUGAACUGAACUUUCAAAGUGCCGUCUACAUGAGACACUAAAUCAAAUAACCUCCAAGAAAAAGUUACAUCACAGGAUUUUAUUUUAAAAUUUACAGGUGAGCCCCUCCCUCUGUCUGCUUAGUGUGAAAACCUGUUCUGAAUAUCAGAGGAGGAAGUGGGGGAGGGGAUGCAGUGGACACCUCCCAUCACAGAUGUUUCACUGAAUGAAGGCCGCAGCAGCUGCUCAACCCUCAGUUAAUCGUUUGGUCUUUUUUUCACCUUAACAGUGAAUCUCUACCACCAUCUGUCUUGGUUCAUACCUUCAGCCUAAAUUUGCAUGUUUGUAUGAAAAACAGUGGUGUUAUAAGACAGAACUUCCUUCCGUAAAAGACAAGAUUUAGUGCUUCUCGUCCUACUCAAAAUGUUCAAACGCUGCACCUUGAAUCAAUGGCUACCAAUAAAAUGCUGGCACUGUUAGGCUGUGUUCAGACCAACAUUACCCGAUUUCUUCUGUUGUAGAAGUUGUAAAAUCCUGUCAAAGUUGACAAAUCUCUGUGUAGUGUUAUGGCAUCUGACAAGCUUUAAAUUCACAGAUCGAUUCCUCAAAGUGGACUUCUCUCCAGUAUCUGAAAGAAGACGCCAACACCACCAAUGCCACCCCUUGCAUUGUUUUCGUUUGUUUUUGACGUGAAUAUCCUUUUAUAAAUGGGUUAUGAGGCAAUGAUCAGCUCAGCAUAGCUGCAUAAAAGCCCCCCCUCUUACCUACUGUGUACAAGCCUAAAUAUGCACUGUGCAGUUCUAUAAUGUAGCAGAAAAUAAGUAAAUAUCUGAUCAAAGAUAUCAAUAUUAAAGGAACAGGAACAACAAAAAUGUGAUAGAGACAUCCUCACUUUUGAUCGAGCCCUUUGAUUUUCCAAAGUAAAAUGUUAAUAUCAGUCAAUACAGAAGCUUUGGCUUUAGGACCUCCUGAUCCCAGAGCUCAUGGGACAUGGGGACAGCAGAAGUCAGUGUUCCAACAUGAAAGAGGAUUAAAAGAUGUAUUUCGUCUCUACAUCUUGUGACCAUUCAUGGCAUCUCUGAGCAUCUUAACUGCGGCUUUGUGAAGCCCUGAAAAUUACUUUUGUGUUUGUUUGUUUUUUGUUUGAGUGAAUGGUGUUUACAGUGAAAGAGUGUUUGUUCUAUUUAGUGUCUGCAGCAGCAAAUUGUGUUCAUGUGUGUAACUGAAAACAGGGGUUGCAGGAAUAAAUGUCUCAUUUUGAGAGAAAUUAUUUUUCUAAGACUCUUAAUUACUGAAAAACUUUUAUUAUUUGUAGCACCAGCCAAAGAUCAUACAAUACAGGUGCAUAGUUGAUACAUACUGGUUACACUGUUAAUAUGAAAAGUUUAAAAUUGCAAAAGGUUAUACAGUUAUUAGUACAUAAAACAAUAUUUGUAUGGGAUUAAAUGAGAGCAGGUAAUCUUAGUCUUAAUUCUCUGUACUUCAGCCAAUAUUCUUAAAAUGUGUUCAUGCUUGUUAUUAAAGUGAAAACAGACAAUUUUUCAACUUUUCCUUCGCUAGCCUUUCCAAGUGGUAUUAUUAUUGGCACUGCUGUCACAAAGACAACCAGAUCACUUUCUGUUUUCCUCAGAGCCGAGCAACUACAGUUUACCUAACUUAACUACAGUUUACCCAGUGGCAUUGUCAAAUAUUCAACCAGCUGUCUGCUUAUCAACUCCUUGAUUGUAGUUUAGUGACUGCUUAUGUCAGAAAAGCCAUCGCAAGAAAACAAGUUCUUUGUUUAGGUUAUUAAACAAAGAAUUAAUCUUAGAUGUUUGUUUGUGGCUGCUAGGGUUAGUGUUACCUUGCGUAGCUGCCAUCAGCAACAUUGAUAACACUACCAGCCAGAAAGUUAUUUGUUUCUAACUACCAAGGUCAGUGCUAACGUAAGCAGCAUGGCUAACACUAGCAGUUACAAACAAACACAGAUAUUUUGGUGCGCUCCAUUUGCAGUGGGAAGUUAGAAUUUUGGAGUUCCCAGUUGAAAAAUCUAACUGGAAUGCCCCCUUAAGUCGGAUUUCCAACUCAGAGAGUCUGGGACCCUCACCCUGACCUUGAAGUCCAAGAUGGCUGCUCCGCGCAUCAACAGUAGUGAAAGCUGUAUUAAUAUACUAUUAGCACCUCCGUCAGCGCUGACAGUGCUGUCAGACUUCUAUCUGUGGACAUGUUGCUAUGGUGUUUGUAUGCAAAAAAUACAGUGUAACAAGUUGUCAUCAACUGGUAUUGCUAACAAUGGCUAACUUGGCUAGAACUGGUAUUGCCAACAGCAUCUUGGUUGGUUUUCUGACUUGCACUGGAACAUGAUCAACUUGGGUGUGACGUCAUUCCCAGCUCCAACCUAAGACUUCCGAGGUAAAUAGAAUGCAGGAAUUGUUUUUGGUUGCCACGGUGAGUGUUAGCUAACAUAGCUGGCGUAAGCAACAUGGCUUACACUACUAGCCAGAAACAAACACAGCUGUUCCAGGAACAAACCAAGAGUUUUUUCAGUUGGUCCUGGCAUUAGUUGUAGCUCCUGGCUCAUAGAGUGCCCCAGGAAUGAGCCCUAAAACCCAGAAAUGACUUAGAAUUUUUACACUCCUGGUUCCCUUGUCUCAAAGGGGUCCAUCUCAUUGGUUCGACAUCCCAUUAGUCCGACUGUCCGCGGUGCUAAACGGCUCGCGGAGGGCGUAUGGUGCGGCGCGACCGGCUUGAGGCGGAGCAGGCUCACGGCUUAUAAGUUUGUCACUUUCUUUUUCAUUUUAACCCACACCAUGAUCUUUUCCUGACCCUAACCAAGUGGUUUUUGUGCCUAAACCUAACCAGACCUUAACCACAGGGCAUCAUGAUGAUUUCGGAACGGACUUCGGAACAAUGAGUUUAAUAUGGUCGAACCAAUGGGCUGUCGAACCAAUGGGCAGUUCCCGUCUCAAAGUCAGUUUUUUCUAA